AUGGACACCCGGGUGAGCGCGGACGUCUUCCGCGUGCCCGUGGCCGGGCUGAUGGGCGCGGAGCACCCUUACCACUUGCUGGCACUCAAGGAGGACUCCGAGGCCAACCUCCCGGAAGUCGAGCCGGUGCCGUUAGACCUCGGCACGCGGAAGGCCAAGGGCCGCUGCCGCAGCUCGGGGAGCUCCCGGAGCUCCCGGUCCCGGUGUCGCUCCGGGCCUUUGGAGGAGAUGACGCUGAUGCUCAACAUGAACACGGCGCACUAUGAGGUGGAGCAGGCGCACCUCAGCUUCAAGAGUGUGGCAGAGACGCCCACCCUGCGGAAGCUGGUGCGGCCCACGGACUGGGAGACGAUCCGGGAGAACCUGGCGCAGAUCUUCUCCGCGAAGGUGAAGCCCAAGACACUCUCCAACGUGCGCCUGCGCUACCCCGGAAGCUCCGGGUACCUCUUGGCGCAGAAGGUGAAGGUGUCUGUCCACACGUCUCACGCUGGGUCCAAGCUGCGGCUCCACUUCCAGGAUUUUGCCCAGGAGACCUCGGAGAGGCAGGGAGGGCAUAUGCGGGAUCUGGCCUGCAUCGCCGAGCGCGUGAGCGAGCGCGGCUCGAGCCGGCGGGAGGGCCUGGGCGCCCUGGCGGCGGCGGAGCUGCGGCGGAAGGAGCGGCACAGCGAGGAGCAGCGCGCGGAGCGGGCGGAGGUCACGGGCCAGUGGGAGGAGCGCCUGGCCUGCGCCCAAAGCCGCGCCGCGCGCCUCGGCGCGGAGCUCGCGGAGGGCCAGGAGCGCCGCGCCGCGCGGCGUGCCGAGCUCCAGGCGGCCCAGGCCAUGGUCUCCUUGCAGCAGCGGCGCCGCGACCACGAGGAGCGACUUCAGUGGCUGCAACUGCAGGUCUUGCGGGCAGAGGUUUCCGAGAUGGAGGAGUCUGACGCGGCAGCGCAGCAGCGGCGCCGCGAGGCGCUGCUGCGGCGGGAGGCGCGGCAGCGGCGGGUUCGCCUGGAGCAGCAGCGCCGCGCCCAGGAGGAGCGAGAGGCGGAAGAGCGCAGACGACGGCGUGCAGCCUGCGAGGAGGCGGCGGAGAGCCAAAGCCUGGCGACGCUGCACAGCCUACAGCAGCAGCUGGCGGCGGAGAAGCAGCGGGCCAACGCCCGCCGCGCCGCGCUCCAAGGACAGCUGCUGCAGCUGCGCGCCCAGCGCGCGGAGCGAGAAGAGGCCUGGGUUGCCUCCUCCGCCCACGGUGCCGAGCUGGCCGCAGCGGAGGAGUCCUACGCCCGGCGCGCGGCCGAGGCGGCGGCGGAGCGCGGCGCGGCGCGGGAGGCGGCGCUGGAGCGGCGGAGCCGGGCGGUGCGGAAGCUCGAGACCCUGGAGUUCGCCGUGCGCGAGAUGAGGGCGGCGGAGGAGGUGGAGCUGGCGAAUCUGGAGCUGGCCGACGGGAGCUUCGACUCCCCGAAGGCCUUGGAGCUCAGCGGGGCAGCCGCGUGGCCGCAGGGCGCGGGUGGCGGGUGGGGCAGCCCUGUGUGGGUGCUGCUGGUGUUUACAAAGCGGGACGACGUGCAGCACAUGGAGGAGGCCGCCACCCUGUUGCUGAAGCACGCUGCUGCGGAGGUUCUCAACCUCGGGGACGGCAAAGGGCAAGGAGUGGUCGCGUCGGCCGGGAGAAGCGGUGGCAGGGCAGAUGCCUCCUGGCUGCAUGAUGUGGAGAAGAGGUGUGGAAGAAUUCUCCGGCAGCAUGCAUGCUGUGAGCUAGAGAAUGGGAGGGGCAAGGACGGCUUUGGAGAACUAGACCGGGGCGUUGAAGUCCAGCGGUGCGCCGUGACUGCUUCGCUGCCAGCUUUCUGGGCUCAAGUUCCGCGUCGCCUGGAAUUCGCCGCGCUGGCGCGGCACCAAGGGCGCCCCAUGCCGCGGUUUCGGCUGCUGUUCGUUCCACUGGCCCUUGGCCCUGCCCCAAAGAGGCGGCGGCCAAAGCGAGCGGCGGCCUUGGCCUUGGUGUGCUGCGUGCUCCUCUCGGCCUGUGCCUUUGUGGCUGCCGCGCAGCCACCUGCCCCAAGGGGAAGGCCUCGACGAAGGGAUGGCGUAAAGAGAAGCAUUCGCAUGCCAACGGGCAACUUGCCGAAUACUGCAUGGUUUGCGAGUGGCAGGAUACCAUUUGCAAAGCUUUGCGCAGUCCCGGCUAGCGACGUUGCAUUGUCCGGCCUGGACGCCCGAGAUGUCGACUUCAUGGAGCGCCUGCGUGGCCUGGCGGCGGAGGUGCUGGCGCUGCCGAACCUGACGGCCCACCAGCGCCUCGUCUGGGUGACCUCGCUGCGCCUGGACGCUGUGCCCGUGCAGGAGUUGCCGCCGUGGUUCUGGGAGCGCAUGAACGUCACGCGCCGGCCACCAGGCGUCGACCUGCUGAGCCUGGACGGCCAGCGCGCCAUCCGCUGCUGCGCGGAGGCGCUGGAGUUUCCGCAGGUGAGGCGCUUCCUGCGGCUGGCGCGGUGGGUCUACAAGGCGAGCGAUUGCAUGCUCGUGACGAACAGCACCAAGCUGCUGUCGCCGCAGUCCACAACGUGGCUCAGAAGGUCGAAGGCAAGGAGGAGGACGAUGUCCGUAACUGCAGCACCCAGGCCCUUGAGAAGUGGAGCCUCAACAGCAGCAAGCGACAGUUGCAAUGCAGCUGACGCUCCGCUGCGUCGCUGCCAGAGGGACUGCCUGGAGGCUUGUGCGAAGGGCGCGCGGGUCAUCGAGAUGGCGUGCGGCACUGGGAAGACCAGGGUUAUCAAAGAGCUGGUCGGCAGCAUCUCGGGCAGGGUCCUGAUCACUGUGCCGCUGCGUGCCCUCCUGGAUCAGUUUGCGCAGGAUUUCCCCGAGUUCUGCAAAGUUGGGACUGGCUACAACGCGGGCAUCGACUACAAUGCCAAGGGGUUUCUAGCUGUGACGGACUCGGUUCCCCUGCUUGCGCACCUUGAGUUUGACGCCGUCUUUGUUGACGAAGCCCAUCACCCACUACCAAAAGCAUGUCCGAAGACGGUUUUGCUGUAUCGCUUUUCUGCCACUCAUCAAGAUGAGCCAGAUUUCCGCUACAGCAUGGGACAAGCGAUGGAGGAUGCCGUUCUUUGCGACUAUGACCUCACGGUGCCCCUUGUGACGCCUCUGCAUGGCCAUACUUACCUGAGCUUGGCGGACCUCCUACUGAAGCAAGCUGGGCGCUUCAGGCGGGUCCUGGCUUACUGCAACUCCAUCCGUGAAGCGAGGAACUUUCGAAUGGUGCUGCAGAAACUCGGCUUGGCGGCUUGGCACAUGAACGGCCUUACCAAGCCCAAGAAGCGACAAGAGAUCCUUGACCAGUUCGCCGGUACAUUGCAAAAGCCAGUCCACGUGCUGCUGACGGUUGAAGUGCUUGGUGAAGGUAUCAAUAUCCCCAAUGCAGACACCUGCAUGUUUGUGGAACCGCGGAGUAGUUAUAGAAGCAUUGUGCAGGCGAUUGGUCGGGUGUUGCGGCCACAUCCCACCAAGCCACUUGCACACAUCAUUCUGCCAGGAGUGUUGAUGCCAACCAAGGGCCAGAAGGUGAGCCAGCCAGCGAUGCACCCCACAGCUGGGUUGUUUGAUGGGGACAAAGCACUGGUCUCGCACAAGGGCAUCGCUGCAAGCCCUGUGGACAAACAUGAUCAGGAAGCAGCAUUGCCAGAUCCAGUCCGCGAGGAUGCCGAGCUUCUUUUGCGUUUUGGUGGUGACGCAGUGGAAGGAGGCAAGCCACAUUGCGUCCAGGCCAGAAAAAAUGCUGGCGCACACCACUUGGCACAACGGGAAAGGCGAGAUUUCCACGAAACAGACCUGAAUUGUGAUCAAUCUUUACCAUCACGCGACAUGGCUGGGAGCGAAACGAGCAGCACAGCCCAUCGCAGGAAGUCGAAUGGCCGACGUGAAAGUGUUGGCGGCGUUGCAGGAUCAGUGCUAACUCUGGAUCAUCAUGACGGACGUAGGAUGCCUGGGGGGGCUAUUGCGCCCAAACCAAUGUAUCAAACGUCUUGCGACGACGGACUGACAGCAACAAAACACGUAGUUCCCACACACGCUCAUGGCCCCCUGAGGGCAAUCCGAGAAGCUGGAGAUGUGGAGGUCAUGCGCAACAAGCAGGUGGCAGCAGGGGGUCCAACAGCAGACCGAACGGGUUCUAUGGCAAAUGGAGUUGGCUUGGACCCACGACGUGCUGCAGGUCUGGGUGCGGGUCUCUGUGCAGGCAAUCAAGGUGACAGUCCUGCAUCCCCGCCAUUCGUGCCAAGGGACGGCGGCAGCCCACAGAUUCGAACUCAAAGAGCCGAGCUGAAAGUAAGCAAGGGGAAUGAGCAUCCCCGGCGUGGCAUGCAAAUGCGAACAACAGCAGAUGGACACGAGAUGACUUUUGGCAGCGAGUUGCAGCGGUUUCUGGCAUGCCUGACACAGGCGGACUAUCGGUUGGCUGGACUGGGGGAGAAGCCCCAACAUCGCAUUCAGAUCGCUGAUUGCACGACUUUUAGUCAGAGUCAUUUGGGCAUGGCUGGGGCCACUCGGGCUGUAUAUGCUGAGCUUGCAGCAGUGCUGCUCUACAGAGAUCCGUGGGAGUUGCGCUUUGGAGACCUGGAGCGGUUUGUCAAAAGGAAUGGGAGGCUGCCUUCGCAGUUGGCCAGCCACAUGGAGGAAAAGUCGCUGGGCAUUUGGCGGAAAAAUCAGGCAAGAAAAGACUGUGCAAACCGCAUGCCGCCACACCGGCUCCACAAAUUCCUCAACACGUCAGUGACUCUGAUUCGAGCGUGGGCCAAAGGGUUGUUUGACCCGAAAAACUUUGUACGACAGAGAUGCAAGGCUUUGCGAGCAAAUAUUUUGGCACGUGGUGCUUUGCCCAGGCUCAAAAGCCGCAACUCUGAAAGCCGGGGACUCGCCAAAUGGCUAUACAACAGCUGCCGGAGAGGUAUCGCAUUAGCAGACUGGAAAUGGAAGAUGCUGGAGGAAGUUCAUCCUUUGGUAAAGGCAAAGCUGCAUUCCUGGAAAAACACUACCAUUCGGAUCAAGUCUCCCGCGUGGCAUGAGCGGUUGCAUGAGCUGUCGGACUUUGUUUCGAGGAAUGACCGGUUGCCCAGUGGUGGGAGCCUUCGGAACUGGAUUGUCCGUCAGCGAAACUAUCUUCAGCGCGGAGUGCUGCCGUCCGAGUUCGUACUUCAACUCAAGGGAUCGCACCGGCUCAUUUCAAGCUAUGUGCAGGCACCUUCGCGCAAGGCGCGGGGUGUGUAGCUAGCAUGUUUUGCUCGUUCCUGCCACAUGCUGCACCGGACGUUGGCUUGAAUGGCAGCAACACUGGCAAUAUUCAGGCGGAAUUUAGCACCCACUUAGCCUCCAGAAGAGGUUCUCAGAGCCCUUCCAGGAAUCCCCUCAUGGC